AUGGCGGUGGAGACGGAUGCGGUGGCGAAGGCAGGGUCGGGGAGGAGGAGGAGGAGGCGACCCCAGAUUAGCGGCUUGAAUGCUUUCAUAACACGGCCAGGCCGCGGCUGUUUGGCCCGUGUUUACAUAUCCGCCGGCGCGGCGCACGCCCUCCUGCCGCCCCCCGUGAGGGACGCCUCCGCCGCCGCCGCCGCCGCCUUCGCUGCCCUCAGCAGCUGGGUGCUGCGGGAUGCGGCGAUGCCAGGCGAAGUUCCUUACGGAACUCGCUACGGGCGGGAUAGUUCAUGGCAUUAAAUGAAGUACUUCGUCCAAAGGAAAUGCCCUUGCUUUCGAUCAGAGCCUCGCCAUUACCGAAGGAAGACUCCAGCAAGAUCUACCGUAAUACACGACUUCAAGG